AUGGAGAGACCAGCACGAGGUGCUCGAGGUUCAAGGCCUCCCCUCCGCACAUACAGCAAGCGCGAUAAUAUGGCCGCCUGCGCAGAGCCACCUACGAAGAAACGCCGAACAGAUACAGCCCCUGUGAGGAUGGACGCUUCCAACCCUGCCGCAGAACGGGCUAUCGAGACCGAAUCGUCGCCACAGCCUCUCACUCGUGUCCCAAUCCAGGCGCAAAUGCCACCGCCUACCGCUCUUCCUUCCGCUCCGGUGCCCAAGAAAGGUACCAUCUUGAGCUACUUCAAGGUCCGAUCGCCCUCCUCCGCCACCUCCUCGUCGCCAUGCGCCAUGUCAUCCGGGCCCGUCAUUCCCUCCUCGACUCCUCCGUCUUCCCCCCCAGUGGUCGAGGCCAGUCGCAAGAAACCCAGAAGAUUGACGACCAAGCCUCUCCACCGCUCAGAAAGUCCCGAGCAGAAGAAACACGAAGUCGCCCGGGACAAGUCAAACGAACCCCAGCAAGAGGAGCUGAAUGCGGGCAGCAUGGUCCUACAGCCUACCAACUCCACUUCCCUCAACCGAAAGCGAGGCAGGGAAGUCGGCAAGUCGGAAGCCGAGAAGCAUGGUGGCGCCAGGAGACUCAAGUCGAAACACACGACCCAGACCACCCUGAGUCUGUCCUUAACUGAGAAGCAGUUUGAGGAAUGCGCAGAAUGCAACAUGCUGUACAACCCGUACCACGAGAAAGAUGUCAAGAUGCACGCGAGACGACACGCCGCGCUGAAGUCGAAGCAGACGAACAAGGCAGUGGUCAGAGUUUGA